GGCAUGAGGCUUGAUCCAGUGCAUUUCUCCAUGCUGGUCAUCGGGGUCUCCUUCGCCUGCUACGCCCCGAGUCUCAACUCCCUCCAGGACCAGGCGUACCGAUCCGCCGUGGUCAUCGAGGGCGAGGUGCGCUCCUCCCCGGAGAAUGUCUCCUCCCGGGAGCCCUACAGUGUGAAUGUCAAAGUGCUGGACGUGUGGCCCGUCAACAGCGGCGGCCUCGAGAGGGAGCAGCUCGUGACCGUCGGGGACUUCGGCUCCGAGGCCCCGUGCACCACGGUGGAGAAGGACCACAGAUAUAUCUUUUUCAUGGACCCGACGGCCGAGCCCUUGGUAUUCAAGGCAUCGUACGCCCCUCUGGACGCCAGCGAGCCGGAGCUGAAGAAGGAUGUGGAGAGAGUGUUGUGCGAGGACUGCGCCUCUGCUCCGAAGCUGCGGCCGAUGCGAGGCCAGUCACUGAUGGAAGGGGACAAACUGUACUUGAAGUGCGAGGCGUCGGGGAAUCCCAGUCCGUCCUUCCGCUGGUACAAAGACGGACACGAGCUUCAGAAAGGCAGAGACCUCAAGAUAAAGACCAACAAGAAAAACUCGAAGGUGCAGAUCAGUCGCGUCCGUGUGGAAGAUUCUGGCAACUACACUUGUGUGGCCGAGAACUCACUAGGACAGGAGAAUGCCACGAGUAUAAUCAGCGUCCAGAUCUUGACCACCACCACACCGUCUCCAGGCGUGAGUCAUGCGAGGCGCUGUAACGACUCGGAGAAGGCCUACUGCGUCAACGGAGGAGACUGUUACUUCAUUCACGGUAUCAACCAGCUGUCCUGCAAGUGUCCCAAUGACUAUACCGGGGACCGCUGUCAAAACUCCGUCAUGGCCGGUUUCUACAAGCUUCUCGGAAUUGAAUUUAUGGAGGCUGAGGAGCUCUAUCAGAGGCGGGUGCUGACUAUCACAGGCAUCUGUGUGGCGCUGUUGGUGGUUGGCAUCGUGUGUGUGGUGGCCUACUGCAAAACCAAGAAGCAGAGGAAGAAGAUGCAGAGUCACCUACACCAGAAUCAGAAUCAGUGUGUGGAGCAACCCAACCCCAUAAUGAUCAACGGGCCGAAAGACCCCGGUCCUGAGGAGAUCCCCAUGGUAUACAUCUCAAAGAACGUCCCCACAGAGUGUGUGAUCAGUCACGGAGCAGAGGAUGCAGGCAACUACACAGCCAGCCGAAUGUCCACCCGUUCCCACCACUCUUCCACUGCCUCACAUGCUUCCAGACACGAAGAGCAGACGUGGAGCAUGGAGCGGACAGAGAGUAUGAACUCAGACUGCCAGUCGGGGGCGCUGUCGAGCUCAGUGGGAACCAGUAAGUGCAGCAGCCCGGCGUGCAUGGCGAGGAGGGCCGCCCACUGGGGCUGUGCGGACGUGUCUGGACCAGGAAUGCAGUACGGAGACUCCUACGACUCGCUUAGGGACUCGCCUCACAGCGACAGGUACGUGUCGGCGCUGACCACGCCAGCGCGCCUGUCUCCGGUGGAGUUCCACUAUCCCCCCCUGCCGCCCCAGGUGCCCACCUUCCAGAUCACCUCGCCCAACACUGGCCACGCCCUCUCCCUGCCCCCUGCUGCCGCCGCCUAUCACAGAGAGGAUGACCAGCCGCUGCUACGAUGCCCUGAUGAUGGACAUUUAUACCGGCAACCCCGUCGUCCAAGGCGACCCUACCUGACGGAGAGCACAGGCAGCCUACCGUCCAGCCCCUACCGUCUCCCCGACGACGAGGCCUAUGAGACCACGCAGGAGUACGCCUCUUCACGAGAGCCCAUCCGAAGCCGGCGCCGCCCGAAACGCAACCGCCUCAACGGACAUGUUUCCCAGCGUGCCGUGGGCCUACGGGACUACAGUUCCCAAAGCUUCAGCCAGUCAGAGGAGGAGGAGGAGGAAGAGGACGGUCACGGCGAGAGCACGCCCUUCCUCAGUAUGCAGAACAUGAACGUGGACCCGCCCUCGACCGUAUCGGGUUUGCGUUCGUCAUCUGGCGCCGACACACGGACUCACCGCGGGCUGAGUCGGCCCGGGACGCGCAGCAACGGGCAGGGCCGGGGCUCCCAGUCGCAGCGCUCCAAGGCAGACAACAUGCCCCUUUAAGACUUAACACCCCACCCCCCAGAGUCCCACCCAUACACCCCUGCCACUCCGCCCCCACCCCCCACACCUCACACAACACCCUUCCCCCAACACACAACCAGUGGACUAGAGACCUGCACCUAGGAGAAAUAUUUUUAUUUUGUAUAACAGACAGAUAUUCUAAACAAAUGAAAUAUUUAUUUUCAUUUCAGCAAAAAUUGUCUACUAGCUAACAGCAAAGACUUUUUUUAUAACGGGGGGGAAAUAUUUAUAUGUAAAGUUUUUUGAUUUACAGCAUUAUGAGAGAUGAAAAAAUAAGAGAAUUACGUGCCAAUUUUUUCACAAGUUAGAUAAAUAGAAUAAUAUUGUGGUGCCUUUUGCUGUAUGCUGAAGUCGGAGGUCCCAUUGAGUUUUUGUAGCCUUUCUUAUAAAGACUCCUCGUUUUUAUAGAGACCAACCCUCUUCCUUCCUUUUCCUUUGUUUCUUUUUUUCUCUGAUUUGGGAUCUUCCUGUUUUUGAACUGUGAUCUGAUUAUGUCAUCAUGCAAUAUUGAUUCCUCCUGUGUAAAAGGUGUCUGUUUACAUGAGUAUGAUCCACGCGACGCGCUCGUUUUCACAGGGACAUUUAUCACUGACGCAACCGGAUGUGUAGGGUAUAGUUCUCUUGGAGUCACGCGCUAUGCGUCGGGCUGAUUUUCAAAUGAAUCUUUCCAGUUGAACACACACCGGUCAUUUGUGUCCUCGUCCGCUGCCUAUCAGUCAUUUGUUGUAGUUUCAGAGUAUUAGGGAGUCGUUUAGAGAAAGUGAUUCAAGAUUCCUGCGUAGGUGUUCAGGGUGCUGCCAUGACGUCGGUGGUGGUUGUUGCGUGUGUGUGCGUGUGUGUGCGUGUGCGUGUGUGUGUGUGGGUGGGUGAGUGUCUGCCUAUAUGCAGUGUGUAGGCCUCAUGAAGUCUCCUUAGUUGUUUGCCGGGCGUCUCUGUUCACCUGUGAGGGUGUGGUCUCUGACUGACAUGCUCCUACCACCGAUCCUCACGCUGCCAGAAGCUCCAUUGCACUGUAAGAACCUCCCUCCAUGAGCAGUCAUUGGCCAGGGAGCUGCCGAUCCAAACCGACCUAACCAAUCCAGUUGUAAUCCAGCCUGACUCUGGCCUCCCGUGGACUGCCCAGCCCGCCCGUUUCCUAUGCCAGCAGCUUAGAGCCGCACUGUGUCUCAGGACUUCCCCAUCACAUCACAGCCAAAAGACUCAAGCAGAGAGAGCACGCCAUCUCAGUCACAGUUCAGUCCGCAGGCCAGAUCCACAUCUCCUCACUCUCCUUCCUGUCCGUCCGCCAAGUCUGUCAGUUAUUGCAUUCACUUGUG